AUGACCGAAACAUCGGCGGUAACGACGGCCUCGCUCACGACCACAAUUUCUUUACCAAACUUGCUGACGUCUUCUCUAGCGGACCAACUGACAAGCACACCACAGGAAUCAACUACACCAUGGGGAUCAACUGCAACACUGGAUGAAACCACAGCGCUGGAUACAACUUCAACGCUGGAGUCAACUACAACACUGGUUACAUCUUCAACACUGGACCCAACUACAGACUCAACUACAACACCGGUUACAACUUCAACACUGGACCCAACUUCAACACUGGACCCAACUUCAACACUGGACCCAACUACAAAACUGGUUACAACUUCAGCACUGGACUCAACUUCGACAUUGGAUUCUUUUACAACGCUGGGUGAAACAACAACACUGGAUGCAACUACACCAUGGGGUUCAACUACACCACGGGAAGACACAACACCCCAGGGAGAAACUACACCACAGCUGCAGGAGGAAACUACACAAGGGGUUUCAACUACACCAGAAGAAUCAACCACCAUACUACAGGAAGAAACUACACCACGGAGAGUAACAGCCGGAAGCAGUACCCCAGAUGCCGCGACCAUCACAGUCACAGCUCCGCCGGGUACCGAGAGUACCACGGGCUACAGCAGUUCUUCCGUACAAGGGCUGCAGACAUGGGAAAUCGCCCUUAUUGUAGUGGGGGCAAGUCUGAGCGGCAUACUCAUCAUAGCAGGCUCGGUAUUCGGUAUCUACAAAGCACUUGGAAAACGUAAAAGCGCUCGAGUCAGUUUCGAACAUGAGAUGGAGUCGCAGGAAGGAAAACAGCAAACGCAGCAGCCGUCUGCGUCAGCUGCAGAUCAGUGAACUACCCGCCGAUUCACCCUGAACGAACGAGACAACACACAGAACAAAUAGGGAGAUCAGACUUGGACAAUCUUUUACUAUGUAACGCACCUUAGUACUUAGCACCUUAGUACGAUGUUGGAAAACUUUAGGUUUUUAGUUUGUUAUACGGCACGAUCACAUGCGUCGCCUGCCGUCGUACGAUUUUGAUGUCGCAGGAUAAUGCCAAUCAGGCUGACAGCUAGAAUCAAAGGCGGACAAGGGUUUAAGACAGUCAUUUUCGUAACAACACAGUUUAAUUUGGUUCGACACAUGCACGACUGUUCCAAGAAUACCUUCAGUUUGCGACCAUACGGCGAUCAUACGGCGACUGUGACCUGGCCUAUGUCUAAAGCUAACGUUGUUUUCGGACAUUGGGUUGUGCUCAGAUAAUAUGACGUGUUAACUGCACGGUGAUUGAUGACUCAUUAGGACACAUGGACUAAUCAGUGCAUAAACAUGGGCGCUUAUUAAAAAACACAUCAAUCACAUUAGUCUUUUAAUAAGAGACUUAAUUACGGUCAUUAAUGAUACAUUGAGUGUGCAUUAAUUGAAUUGCUGCCAUUAUGUAGGAUUAGAAGAGUAAAACUAUCCGUAGAUUAAGCCAUUUAUAAAAAGUUUGGAACUCGUAAUGAUAAGGAUUGACAUGGUACUGAAUUAUACGCAACUUUAGUUUCAUGUAGAUAGAUAUAGAUGAAUAAAUGAAUUGAUAAAUAGGUAUGACUUCAGGUAUCAAUUAAGGUAUUACUUAUGAUGAUUGACGCAAUUAAGCAAUAAGCGCAAUCGUUCAAGCUGAAUUUAUAUACCAAUACCAUGCUGACAUAAAAAACAUUUCUCUUAUCUACGUCAGAAUGGAUAAUUAAUUACUAAUCAAAGACGUAGCGGAAAAGCACCUAGGAGACACGGCAAGCGUCCGCGUUAUCUGUGUGUCCAAUUUGAACUGGGGAAGAUAAGGUCGGUUGGGUUAUUAAUGUACUUGUGUACGAUUCGACUGUUGUCUAAAUUUGUGGAACGCCCUGCGAAUCGCAUUUUAGGGCUAAGCAAACUUGCUUUGCACAUCAUUAUAGACACACAGGCGAUAGGUGGAGGGAAAAAUUUAACCAGCGAACAAACUGAUAAAAAGUCAAUUAAACACUUCGAAGGGCUGAUAACUGGAGGUAGGUGUAGUUUCUGACAUACUCGCCAGAGGGCUAAUGU